ACAUAAAUCGGGGUGAACCGGGCUGAAUAAUCCAUGUCUAGUCCAGAGCGUAUACCAGUAAACCUUUCAAAUAAUAGUAAACUAUUAAGAUUAUCAGUAAACUAUACUAUCAGCUGAAAUCAAAGGUAGGAAAUGGUACGCCCAUGUCGCGAUCGAGCUUCCGUGAUGUAGUGCGCCGUAACAUUUUGAUUAAUUAAUUAGCAGUAAAACCGUGGGUUUUGUAUCAGGAAUGGCAGUAAUUGGGAUUCUUAUCCGUAAAAACAGACAAAUCUGGAGUCGAAACGUUGCAUAAGCUGGCUUGAGGAACAAAAGUCCGGGGUCAUGGGGAAAUAUGGCAUGAAGCAUCGACAUUGCCGGUCACAAUAAACAAUUCAUCUAAAAAUUAAAAAAAUAUGAAGUUGACCCUAAAACCUCUAUAAUUAGUCCAAUUGAACGAUUUAGAGGAAGACGAGCUCUGUUUGGGUACCCAGGAUUGUGUGACUGAGUUGCCUGAAGCUGUGAAGUAUGGCGAUCAUGCGCGGAAAAUGGUUGCAGGCAGAGCAGAAGGAAGGAGGACCAAAGGCGCGGAGCUCACACGCAGUGGCAGUGGUGGGCAAGAAGGCUUAUGUGUUCGGAGGGGAAGUGGAGCCUCGCGUGCCGGUGGACAACGCAAUUCAUGUCUUCGAUCUGGAGGAUUUUUCAUGGAGUGUGGCGGAGGUCAAGGGGGCGCCGCCGCCUCCCAGGGUGGGCGUCACCAUGGUCGCCGUCGGCCCUGUCAUUUACAUUUUCGGCGGCCGCGACAAAGACCAUCAGGAGCUCAACCAUUUCUAUUCCUUUGACACCCGCUCCGGGGAGUGGAAGCUCAUUUCCUGCGACGCCGAUGGUCCGCCGCACCGGAGCUACCAUGCAAUGGCGGCGGAUGAGAAUCAGGUGUAUGUUUUCGGCGGCUGUGGCCAAAAUGGGCGCCUGAACGAUCUGUGGGCCUAUAACAUUGAGGAAGGAAAAUGGCACGCCUUGCCCGGCUGCAGCAAAUUGGCGGCCAGGGGAGGACCGGGACUUGCAGUCACUGAUAAUAAGGUUUGGGUUGUGUUUGGCUUCGGCGGCAAACAUGAGCUCUCUGAUGUCCAUCGCUUUGACUUGGAGACGAAUCUGUGGGAGGAGGCGGAAACCAGUGGGGAGAAGCCCAGCCCCAGGAGUGUCUUUUCCUGUUUUGCUCAAGGAAAGUAUAUUGUUGUGUAUGGAGGUGAGGUCGACCCUAGCGAUUUGGGUCAUAUGGGUGCUGGGGCCUUUGUCAGCGAUGUGUUUGCUCUUGACACUGAGACACUGGAGUGGAGUAAGGUCCAUGAUGGUGCUGAUGAUGGGGAGGGCAAGCCUCAUCCUGGACCUCGUGGAUGGUCUGCCUUUUCGCCUGGGCAAUGCUGUGGGAGCUACGGAAUGCUUGUCUAUGGUGGGAAUUCCCCUUCCAAUGCAAGACUGGAGGACAUAUUCUUCCUUCAGCUCCUUUGAUUCGGUCCACUUAUCUGCUCUACGCUUGUAUUACUGUAGACAAUUGCAUCUCAUGUUUGUAGGUAGAAUAGCUAUCCCAUGUUAGUAGGGUUUUGGAUACCUCUACCUUGCAAGUUUCAUCUAUCUUUUUGGUUUUUUACUGCUUGUCAUGUUCCCUGUGCCCACUUUGUAUAGUAUGCAAUAGUAAAUAUGUACGUUUCGAUGUUUGUGGUGCUCA